GCUAGAGAUUCACUAGAGUGUUUAUCUAAGUUCCUUUGAACCCAGCGUUUCCGUGGGUCUUUAAGAAACUCUCCAGUUCACUAAUCAGACUGUCUCUCACCUUAUCGUCACGUUUCGGACAGUUACACCUGCCUUAAUCUCCGUAACUUCUGCUCGUUCCAAACCGUUGGGAUAGCUGUUCUAUUUAGGAAUUGUCCCGACCCUACUAGACCUCAUGUUCCAGGACAGGAGCUACCGAAAGAUAGGUGAUCGUCGCCUCUGCACCACGCAACCACUUCAAGUUGGCUCGCUUAGUUUUGAUAUUCGUCUGAAAAAUCACUUCACUCUUACACCAUGCCAAAACCAUGGGACGAUCAGAUCGCGCAUUUCCAAGGGAUCCCAUGGUGCGCCAAAGUCCUCUCGGAGCCAGGAAUCAUUGCCAAACCCCUCGUCAGCCGCGAAUUCGACCCAGACAACCGCAUCUUUGAGUUCUGGGGCUCCACGCUCUUCAGCGCGGCCACGGUGCCUUUCUUCAUCGGCUGCUUCCACAUGCCCUCGCCACCACCGGACGCCGACGGACAAUCACCUGACAACCGGCCUCUCGACGAACUAUACGUGACCAAGGCCCGCUGCUUCCUGACUCUCAGUCACGGGCUGAGCACGCUGAAGAAAGAGUGGUGCCACGGCGGUGCUGUCGCGGCCAUCUUCGACGAGUGCAUGGGCGCGAUCGGGUUUGUCAACAAGUUGCUGGGGUUCAUGCCCAUGUUGCCGCAGGUCACGCAGAACUUGAACGUCACGUACAUACAGCCGGUGCCGACCAUGUCGACGGUGGCUUGCACGGCGGUUUUAAAGCGGAUGGAUGGGCCUAGGAAGUUCUUGGUCGAGGCGAAGAUCACUGAUGAGCAUGGGACGGUUCUUGCCACGGCGGAAGCGUACUUCGUUGGUAUGGAGAAGCGGAAGAAGAGAAAGGAGAAGCUCUGACGUGGCUUUGAGAACUUGAGUUGAUAAUCGCUUGGGGUAGACUUUGCUUGUAUGUAGACCUAUGCCGCCGGACCCCUUGGCCCGUAUACAGGAGAAGUUAUACUACGGAAACGUUUGUUUCCCCAAAGGCUGGACUGUCUCUCCAGACAGCCUCGAGACGCUAAAGCAAGCCUAUCAUUCCUCCAAAUACAUCUUCCGCACACUCCCAAGCUCAUGGUACACCGUAGGACCCCUUGAAUAG